GCUGUGCGGUCGCCCUUGCGUCAAGUCGCGCGGAGGAGGGAGCUCUGGCCACACAGGUAUGGCGUUCGAGUUCCCGACAGAAGAGCAGAAGGCGCUUGUGCGCCAGCAGCUGGGGACGAGCGACGCAGAUAUCCGGCAAGCAGUGGCCGCCAUUCGCAACUGGCUGCAGACGCAACCGCACCUGCCUGACGUCAUAGACGAUGAACGGCUGGAACGAUUGUACAUAAGCUGUAAAUGCAGGACGGAGAUGGUGAAACAGAUACUCGAUGCCAGCUACACACUGAAGAAGAGGUUCCCCGAACUACUAAUGAACAGAGAUCCACUAGGGGAAGACAUUAUUACAGCUCUGAAGUGCACGAAAGUACCUACGAUGCCUCGCCUCACGCCACAGUUUCAUCGAGUUGGGGUCCUAGCCGGUAUCGACCCAGACCCUACGAAUAUAAACCCUGUGCAUGUAGUGAAGGCUAGUCUCAUGAUAAUGAAUUUCGUUCUGUCGUAUGACUACUCCGUCGGAUACAUCUUCCUGAUCGACCUACAGAACGUAUCAACUGGACACUUGAGCAAGUUGACGGUUCGCGACGUUCGGGCACUUGAACUGAUUUCCAGGACAGCUUACGCCAAGAGAAUCAGAGCCAUACAUUUUCUAAACGCACCGAAGAUAAUGAACAUGGUGAUGUCCAUAGUGAAACCUGCUCUACCCGAAAAACUACAGAAGAGGAUAGUGAUCCAUGAACCAGGCUCACAGACGUUGUUCGAGUAUUUACCAAAAAACGUGGUUCCUGACGAAAUGGGUGGCACUGCUGGCCCAGUAUCUCGUAUAAUGGACGGUAUCUACGACGAGCUGGUUAAGCGAAGAGCGUGGUUUCUGGAAGAGGACAAAUAUGUCGCGGACGAGAGCAAGAGGCCUAAGGACAACGGCUACACCUACGACCUGUUUGGUGUGGACGGAUCCUUCAAAAAGUUACAAGUAGACUGAAAACUAGCAGAGGCAGAAAACGAAAGACAAGUGUGGUGAUCAUGCUGUAUGGUGCAUUCAACCAUGGCGAGGCUUCCUGGUGCUCACCACACGUGUUUUAUCGUUAUGAUAAAGUGACUGAAUGCAAAAUUUUGCUCUCAAAUAAUCGAAAAUGAAGAUACACAAUCACAAGUAAUGUACUAUGAAUAUGUCACAUAAAGAGUAACAUCUGAUGUAGUGGAACCAGUUCCAUAGAGUUAUGUUUAACGUAAAAGCGGUUGCUGGCUUAUGCCGUGCCUGAUUCCUCGUAAACGUUCUUCUUUAAAAUUCAACGUUUCGACUAACUGGUGGAAUAUUCCUCUGUAGCUUCCUGGUGUCGCCAAGUGGCUUGACACAUUUGUAAACUUGUGCCGAGGAUGUUAUUUUGCGCUUUUCAUAAUAAAUGGUGUAACUGGGUAAAAUCCAUGAGGCUAUCUUUGGUAGGCCAGCGCCAUUGAGUAGAUACUAAUAACUGAAAGUGUGGCAGAGGGAGAAUGUUACGGAUAUAUUAAAAUUACUGCAUCGACGAGCUGGCUUUCUGGCAGUAUUCUUGUCCCAUUAUGGCUGAUGGUUACUUCCUAGAUUACCGGAAGCCGACACCCAACAUUUCUUUGAUUAGGUGUCAUAUUUAACUUUCUAUCAGCAAUUGUAAUGUACUUUGUUCUUAUAGCUGAAACACUUUACCAUCUGGCUAAAUGUUUAACUGGCACAGGUAAACAGAGCCAAACACAUAUUUAGAGGAACCACUGAUUUCUUGGUCAUUAGUCACACACAAUAUAAUUUGGCUUUCCAGUCCCUCGCCAUGUAUAACUAAAGUCAUGCAUCAUUAGAGAGGAUUUCGGUAGGUAAAAUCCGUUUCUCUCACUUACUUUUUAUGAAACAAGGAAUAAACCGGUCUUGUAGAGUGAAACUUUGCUAUGGUCACGCCAAAUACUUAAGGACCAAUACCUUACGGAGUCUAAAAACGGCGGUUUCUCGCAGCUCUGCACAGUUAGACGUUGCAAAAUUGCAGCAGAUAUUUAGACUUCCAGUUAAACUGACACUUAGCUACAGAUUUAUAAAGCAUCUACUUAAAAAAAAAGGUGAAGUUUUCAGAAAACAAUAUGACUGCCCAAAGAAGCUGAUACUGCCAUAUUCUAACAAGACUGCGAGUAAUCUAUAGCCUUGAUUUACAGUACAGUAACAUAUAAUGAAAACACCUAUAUAUUCCGAUACUGAUUGCUUAAGAUUAGGGUUUGUAGGGUUCCCUGUGCACACAUGAUAAUGACAGUAUACAGUACCUGGAGAUACUACUGAACAGGUAACAGAAUAUUAAAAAAAAAGAGAGAGAUAUUGGAGAGGAAUAUUAUACAGAAACUUGUGCCAAAUGUACAACAUUAUCUCCAGAUAAAUAAAAGCUUUCUAAUAUGCCACUAUA